AUGUCUGUGUUAUCUGUUUGGCAACAUGCCAAACUUAACCAUGAAGUACUAUCUGCCCCUAAUAUAACUGAUACUUUCGCCGAACCAUACGCUUACAAUUGCGAGCCUCUUAGAGAAGAAGAAACAAUCUCCGUUAUCCAUAAACUUAAGGCCAAUAAGACUCCUGGAGAAAAUGGUCUUCGGGCUGAACUCUUCAAAUGUUGCCCAUCAUCCUUCAUAACGCGUCUUCAACAAAUGUACUCUCUAGCAUGGAAAAAAGAAAUAUCACCAGAUGGUGAUGAAAUUAGCAGAAAUCCCAACAAUGAAAUUCCAAAGCAUUUCAGUUCUUUUACUCCAUUCAUUAACAAUAAUAAAUUAGCACGAACUAUAUCAUCAAAAACUGAUCUUUUAAAGCGAAAAUUAUCCACGAAUCAAGAAGAUAUUAAUAACUUCGAUCUUGAUGUUCUUCCAGAAUUCUUUGAGCAAACCAAAGCAAAAAUCGUCGGUUACAGCCUGAAUAUAAUGGCUGGUAUGAUACCUUCUUUUAGCGGCAUUGAACAUCUGAAAUAUCUGCGAAAUGAUAAAAUUAAAAAAUGGCAGCGCGAAAAAGUUUCAACAAACGAUACUGGCAAUCCCCUAUCUGAAGACAGUGGCCACUUAGCUAAAAAAAAGAAACGAAGCUCCACAGAUGUGCAACGAGAAGCUACAGAUGACGAAAAAAACUUUUCUAAUCGAUCCAAACUGCCAAAUCAACUAUCCUCUUUACAAAAAAAGAAUCCUGUAGUUCAAACAGAUUUAAUUAUGUUCCCUCUAUUUAAUUUGGACAGUAAUGAAGAUUAUGAAGAAGAACAACACAAAGAGAAUGAAUCUAAUUUUAUCAGUAUGUCCCAAAUAACACAAAAAGACGACAGCAAUAAACAAAACUUUGACGACAAGUUAAAAGAAAACAACGACGAAGAAAUGAUGUUUAAAAAUAAUAAGAAUGAAUCAGGCCUUGACUCUAAGUCGUCUGAAGCGAGAGAAAUUGGUCAGCAAUUCCAGAAGGAGCAUGAAGGAAGCCUUGAUAAUGAUCGAGAUGACAAUGAUUCUAAUGAAGAAGAGUUUACGAGGAAUGGAAGAAUUAAUGGUCAAAUUAAUAGCGAACGAGAAUACAAUGGAUUUAAAAGUAAAUUUACUGAAGAUUAUGAGGAUAGCGAAAUAAUUGAAAAUAACGAAGAUGGUGGACGAAGAAACUUGGCAAAGCAAGUACGUGAGGAAUCAACAAGGCUUGAAGAAACGCUAGUCGAUGGUGACAAAAACAGUCAUGAAGAUACUGGAAAACAAUCACAAGACAAUAGCAAAUAUCAGGUUGAAAACGAAAGAGAAAGCCGAAAUGAACGAAGAUACACGUUAAGUUCCAGGAAAGAAAAAAUGCAGAAUCGACAAUCCGAAAUAGAUUCACUAUUAUCGAGAACAUUUUCAAAUCGUCAAAAAUUACAGUCAACAGAAGGAUCAAAAGAAUGGGAAGAACGACGUGAAGUUCAGCCGAAGAAAGGGAAAGGAAGAACUCAGAAUGAUCGUGGAACAAGGAAUAAAGAAAGUGGCAACAGUAAUCAAGCAUACGGUACUGUUCCACCUCAGCUUUUUUUUGAAAGUAUACCUGAUUUUCAAGAAUGGAUCGCAAGCCUUCCCGGGUUUAGAAGCAAUAUUCCUUUUAUUAGAAAUACAAAUAACAAAUACCAAGAUCGCAAAAACUCCCAGUUACCAUUUCCUUCCUUUCCGAAUGCAUCAGCAGGACGAGUUGGACAACAGCAAAAAUUCCCAGUAUUUCCAAUAUAUGCAGAACAGCCGCAUAAAAAGCUGUCGAAUCAAUCAAGAAAAUCAACUAAGGAUAAUGAUUCAAGUGAAGAAAUUGAGUUAGUAGAUCAGUCUAAGAGAAAGCAUAAUGAUCAUGAACACACAUCGAGAAGGAGAAAUCGAAACAGAGAGAAUGCCUAUCAAUCGAAACCUAUUGGUCAACCUGUGGAAAAUCGUUUUACUUUGCGUAAAAAUGUCCCUUAUCUAUGA